AUGACCCUGGCACCUGCUGUGCAGAAGCCUCAUUCUGGUCCCACCCUGCCCCUAUGCAGGGUCCUCCUCCUCCCUUCCCCCUACUCCCCUCCCCAGCUGGAUCCAGAGAGAGACUUUGACUCACUUUCCAAGGACAAUGUCUUCGAGAAUAACCGUUUGGCUUUUGAAGUGGCGGAGAAGGAGCUGGGGAUCCCUGCCCUCCUGGACCCCAGUGACAUGGUCUCCAUGCGCGUCCCCGACUGCCUCAGCAUCAUGACCUACGUGUCCCAGUACUAUAACCACUUCACCAGCCCUGGCCAAGCUGGUGUCUCGCCACCCAGAAAGGACCUGCCAUCCUCACCCUCUUCCCCACCAAUGGCACCCACCGCUGUGGAACCAGAAGAUGAUGCUCAGGGUGAGGAGCUCUCCGGCAGCUUGGCGGAGCAGGGCCUCCACCGGGUCCCCAGCAGCACAUGCAUGGCCUGCGGGAAGCAUGUGCACCUGGUGCAGCGGUACCUGGCAGAGGGCAGGCUCUACCACCGCCACUGCUUCCGGUGUUGUCAGUGCUCCAGCACCCUGCUCCCGGGGGCCUACAGGAAUGGGCUGGAGGAGGGGACCUUCGUAUGUGCUGAACACUGCACUAGGCUGGGCCCAGGGGCCCGGGCAGGAUCCAGGCCUGGAUCUCUCCUACAGACAAAGCAGCCACAAAGCACAGAAGCCAAGGAGAAUGAUGGAGGUGGUUCCAGCCCCAGGGCACCUGCAGGGGCUGCUGCAGAUGCACCCAAGGUCAGCACCGAGGCCCGGCCUCAGGUCCCCACCAAGCCCCUGAUUCCUGGCAAGUCCCAGGAGCUGGCCAGUCCCCCGGUGGCCCGGCCUACACCUGCUCCCAGGAAAGCCUCUGAAAGCAUAGCCGCCACACCCCCCACGCCGCGGCCCCGGUCCAGCCUGCAGCAGGACGGCUCUGCGGAGCAGAGUGGCAGCAGCGGUGGCCUCGUGAACGGACGACUGCAGGACCCCCCUGUACCCAAGCCGAGAGGGACACCCAAGCCAUCAGAGAGGUCACCAGCCCCCAGGAAAGACCCCCCAUGGAUCACACUUGUACAGACAGAGCCAAAGAAGAAGCCGGCUCCACUGCCCCCCAGCAGCAGCCCCGGGCCGCCAGGCCAGGCCAGCAGGCAGGUGGAGAAUGGCAGUGUGGAAGAUGGGGCCCAGCAGAGCCCCGCGGCAGGCCCAGAGCCCAAGCCCUACAACCCCUUUGAAGAAGAGGAGGAAGAGGAAGAGGUGCCAGCCCCUGUGGUGCCCAGUUCAGCGCCCAGCCCGGCCCCGGCCCCCUCCGAGUCCACUCCCAAGUCCUUGCACCCAUGGUACGGCAUCACCCCCACCAGCAGCCCCAAGACAAAGAAGCGUCCUGCCCCGAGAGUACCCAGCGCGUCCCCUCUUGCUCUGCACGCCUCCCGCCUCUCGCACUCGGAGCCCCCCUCGGCCACACCCUCACCAGCCCUCAGCGUGGAAAGUCUGGCAUCCGAGAGCUGUAGCCACACGGCUAGCACGGAGCUUCUGGAAACCCCUGCCGUGCCCAAGAGCUCUUCAGAGCCUGCUGUGCAUGCCCCCAGUGCCCCUGGCACCCCCGCCAACUCGGCCAGCCCCUCAGCCAACUCUUCCCUGUCCUCCGGAGAGCUGACACCGCCUGGUGGGGAGCGGGCACCCCAGGCCAGGACUAGCCCCGGCUCCCAGCUAGCCAAGCCCUGCAUUGGUGCCACCCCUACCCCUCUCGUGUUGGCUGGAGACAAAAGCCCUGUGCCUUCCCUGGGGAGCUCGUCCCCACAGCUGCAGGUCAAGUCUUCCUGCAAGGAGAACCCUUUCAACCGGAAGCCAUCACCUGCAGCAUCUCCAGCCACAAAGAAGGCCACCAAAGGAACCAAACCCUGCAGGCCACCUGCCCCGGGACACGGCUUUCCACUCAUCAAACGCAAGGUCCAGGCUGACCAGUAUGUCCCCGAGGAGGACAUUCACGGAGAGAUGGACAGCAUCGAGCGCCAACUGGAUGCCCUGGAACAUCAUGGGGUCCUGCUGGAGGAGAAGCUGCGUGGCGGAGCGCCUGAGGGCCAUGAGGACGACAUGCUGGUGGACUGGUUCAAGCUGAUUCAUGAGAAGCACCUGCUGGUGAGGCGGGAAUCUGAGCUCAUUUACAUCUUCAAGCAGCAGAACCUGGAGAAGCGGCAGGCUGAUGUGGAGUACGAACUCCGGUGUCUUCUCAACAAACCUGAAAAAGACUGGACAGAGGAGGACUGGGGUCGGGAGAAGGUGCUGAUGCAGGAGAUUGUGACCCUCAUUGAGCAACGCAAUGCCAUCAUCAACUGCCUGGACGAGGACCGGCAGAGGGAAGAAGAGGAAGACAAGAUGGUGGCAGCCAUGAUGAAGAAGAAAGAGUUCCAGAAGGAGGCUGAACCUGAGGGCAAGAAGAAGGGGAAGUUCAAGAGCAUGAAGAUGCUCAGGCUGCUGGGAAAUAAGCGCGAUGCCAAGAGCAAGUCUCCCCGGGACAAGAGCUGACAGCGAGAGAAGCCGUGUGACUGCCUGUUGACUGCCCACUGGCUGCCCAUUGACUGCCCGCUCCUGGAGCCCCAAGGCUGGAGAAACCUCCUACCCUCCAAUCCACAGAGGGAGUCGGGGUGAGCCCUGCCCGCCCCCGGGGUCCUCUGACUUACCUGGGCCAAAGAGUUUCCUUCCUUCUUCUCUGCAUCCCAAACAGCUGUGACUCAGCCGUGUCCGGUCCAAUUCUGACCAUUUCAGAUGCUGUGAGAGACACACAAGGCAAGCAGGGACCUGGGGACAAGGAAGGGACAGUGACUGAGCAUGUUAUGUCCCCUUGGUGCAAGCUCCUUGGCCAGUCUCCUCCCUUCUGGACCAGGCCAGAUGGAAGCUUUGCUGUCGGAGUUCUGCCCAGGUUCGGACUCCACCUGGGGCUCCUGGCCUGGGGCUGUUUCUGCCCCCAGGUGGCUCCUUCCUACCCAGCCCACCUGAUUCUCUGUCUUCCCAUGCACUGCCUCAUCUCUCGUGUUCCCUCGAUCAGUUGCUCUAUUUAUGAUGUCUUCAGCUCCUGGUUUCUGGGUGGUCUGUGCUGUCAGACCUGAAUGGCAAAUCCCACCUCCCCUCCCUCAGAGUUCUAGAAGCUUUUUCUCUCACUCACUCUGUUCCAUAGGAAGCCUCGCAUUCCCCUUCCCCCCCCACACACACACAGAGGGCCCUCGAUGAUGCACCAGGGCAGGUGGGUGCCAACAUUAGCUGCUUCUGUGCCAAGUCCCCUGGCAGGGAAGUUCUUGGCUCCACUGUCAGCCUAGGGAAGGGGCGCUUCAGGAAGGUGCUAACCAUGGUUCUCAGUCAUGUUGUAGUCUGACCCCUGAUUUUGGCUUUCCUCUUCCAUCCCACACCCAAGGAUGGGGCCCAUACCUGCCUCUGGUCCUUACGAGUCUGUCUUUUCUGUUACUCUUCCCUCCCGAUUUCCACCUGAGGGACUGAUGGUUACCACCUUCUGGAUAGUUGUGGGACAGGAGAAGUGCUACAGACAGUUUUGUUUUGUCUUUGUGGGUUUGUUUGUUUUUUGGUAGGUCGUGG